CCUGUUUGUUUGGUUUUACAGUGAGAAAGUGAUUUCACUUAAGGAAAGUCCAGAAACUCUCUUAGGUUUUAGACAUUAAUGUGCAAUCUCGAAUUUCAAUGCUUCAAACAGAUUUUUAAAGUGAGAACCAAACAUAGUCCACAUUCUUUGUUUUCUUCUACAAAGUCUCCUAGUUCAAUUUCAUUCAUUCAUUCACAGACCCAGUUCCAGUUCAUGUUUCAUUCUCUUCUUUUCUCUUCUUAAAUCUGAACAUUUCAUACAUUUUCUCUCUCUCUCUCUCUCUCUCUGUAGACCAUGCCUGUUGUUACUCAACACAUCAAAUGGAGAAGACCCAGAAGCCAUUUCAGGCAAAGAAUUUCAGAAACUGAUCCAAGUCCACAGCUCUCUCCAAUAACCCAAUCCACUCGCUGCAAAUCCACCAUUUCCUCUCUCCUCUCAACUUUCUCCACCAUCUCCAAUGAAACCACUCAUGACAGUGGCCAGAACAGGAAGCAGAGGAAGAACACCACCAACAGCAACAGCAAUGGCAAUUCCUCUGCAGGAACCUUCAGAGGGCUCGGUUGCACCGCCGGUGCGUCCCAGCAGGUGUCGGUGCCGGCGGUGAUUCGAUCCUCCGCAGACUGGCAAGCAAAGAAGACCAGGAAAAAGAAGCUCAGGAAGAAUAGUGACAGAAACAACAGAACAGAGUGUCCAUGUCAUGGCUCUGCCACCUGUGUGGAUUUUCAGGAUGUUUGGUGUAGCCCCGGAAUUGGGUCUGUGGAUUGUGUUGUGGCCAGGAAGAAUGUGUCUUCAAGACUAAAACUUGAUGCAGAGAGAAUCACACACAGGGAGCGUCCAUCCUAUUUGGCAAGGCGCAUGGUAAACCCAGAAAGUAUCUCAUUUUUGGAUGAUGAUUCUGACGUUUUCCCAAUACGCCCUGCUAGAUUCUAUCGCCACAACAUUCCACAUCCUUCUGCUGAUCAUCUUGCUGAGAUAGUGAAAAUUCAAGGAAGACUGAUGGGGGGAAGAUUGAAUUCACAUGAUCAAUUUAGAGACUGGAGACUUGAUAUUGAUAACAUGUCCUAUGAGCAAUUGCUUGAGCUGGGUGAGAAAAUUGGGUAUGUGAACACGGGAGUUAAAGAAGAUGAGAUGGAACUCAAUAUAAGGAAACUUAAGCUUUUCAUUUCAAAUGAUACAUCAAAACAUCAACUAGACAGAAAGUGCACCAUUUGUCAGGAGGAGUAUGAGUCAGAUGAUGAGCUGGGGAAGUUGAAAUGUGAACACUGCUUUCACUUUCAGUGCAUAAAACAAUGGCUAGUGCUUAAAAACUUCUGCCCUGUAUGCAAGCAAGAAGUUGUGGUUCGACACUGACAGUUCUAAUUUUAUUUUUUUGCCCCUUAAGAUUAGUGUAUAGUUUUUUCAUAUGCAAUAUAAGCAUUAUUGGUUGCAUCUUUCAAAACUUAGAAGCAUUAUAUUUAUAUAUACAUGUUAUAUCUGUCCAUGGUCUCGCAAUUGGACUAUGCUUUCUUUUCGGAUUGGAUGAGGUUAUUGUCAUUUUUCACUUUCUUAAUGAAAUUGGCAUUUGAACA